AUGUCGCUAACCGAUGCAUCACCUGUGGAGGCGGCAAAAACAGCCUCUGAGUCCUCGCGGCUUCUCGCAACGCUCUCUAGUUCAGCGCGAAAUGAGGCUUUGGACUUGAUGUAUGCCUCUCUGUCGAAACAAAGGGAUGCUAUCCUUGAAGCAAAUGCGAGAGAUGUCAAGGCCGCCACUAAAGCAGCGGAAAAUGGUGAACUGAGCUUGAGCAUACUGAAAAGGCUGGACCUGAGUAGACCUGGGAAGUAUGAGGACAUGCUGAAGGGCAUUCUGGACGUGCGGGAUUUGGAAGAUCCGAUUGGAAAGGUGACGCUACGCACUCUUCUAGAUGACAAUCUCAUUCUUGAAAGAGUUACUUGUCCGAUUGGGGUAUUGCUUAUAAUAUUCGAGGCACGACCGGAAGUGAUUGUCAAUAUUGCUGCCCUGUCAAUCAAAUCCGGAAAUGCGGCCAUCCUGAAAGGAGGCAAGGAAUCGACGGAGUCUUUCGUGGCCAUCUCAAAUAUCAUUUCGGAAUCCAUAUCCAAGUCGCAGGUCCCAAAUACUUCAAUCCAGCUUGUUAAAACAAGAGAUGCCAUACUUCCUUUACUAGCUCAGGAUAAGUAUAUUGACCUUGUUAUACCUCGCGGGUCCAACGACCUAGUUCGUUACGUGAAGGAAAACACCAAAAUCCCCGUUCUCGGCCAUGCUGAUGGCAUCUGCUCGAUAUAUCUUCAUUCGGACGCCGAUUUAUCAAUGGCAAUAAAAGUAAUAAUUGAUGCUAAAACUGGAUACCCCGCAGCAUGCAAUGCUGUUGAGACCCUUCUUGUUGACCAGGAUGCUCUGUCUACCCUAUUACCGGCUAUUGCGGAUGCCCUACUGGCUAAAGGCGUAACCCUCCGUUGCGAUAAGCCAUCAAAGCUUGCUCUCCAAACAAAACUCUCGCCGGUGCAGUCAUCACUCCUACAAGACUCAACGGAGGCUGAUUACAACACUGAGUUUUUGGACCUUACUCUUGCGAUAAAAACGAUAUCAUCAACUACGCCCCAAGAAACUCCAGUCGCCGUCGCCAUCGCUCAUAUAAAUUCACAUUCCUCGAAACACACGGAUGUCAUUCUAACCUCCUCGAGGACUAUCGCAGAACGUUUCCUGGCCGGUGUGGACAGUGCUGGUGUUUAUUGGAACACGAGUACCCGAUUAGCUGACGGGAUGAGAUAUGGGUUUGGAACAGAGGUUGGCAUUAGCACUAGUAAAAUUCACUCGAGAGGACCAGUGGGUUUGGAGGGGCUGACUAUCUACAAAUAUUUCAUUCGAGGCAAUGGCCAGACAGCAGGCGAUUAUUUUGAAGGCGAAGGCGGGAAAACCUGGAAACAUCGUAAAUUGACUAUAUAA